GGUCAAGCUGGGGGCGGGCGUGGCCCUGCGGCGGCACGGCGUGAAGGAGGCGCUGUUCGCGCCCGAGGUGGUCGCGCUGCUGUCCGGCGACGACCCCGAGGCGCGGGGCCUGGCCGCGGGCGCCCUCGCGGGGGAGGAGGUGCAGCCGGCGGACGGCGACAGGCUGCGCGCCUCCCUGCGGCACCCGGACUGGCGCGUGAGGCGCGGGGCGCUCGAGGCCCUGCUGCGCUACGGCCCGGAGGCGGCGGGCGGGUACGCGGCCAAGGUGGCGGGGCUCCUGAAGGACCCGCACGAGGCGGUGAGGGGCGCGGUGCCGCCAGUGCUCCGGCACGUGGGCGCUGCUGCGGCGGCGGAGCUGGCGGCCAUGCUCCGCGACGACGCCGCGGGGGAGGUCCAGGACGGCGAGGACCUGCUCCAGGCCCUCUGCGGGGGCGACCGCGCCCGCGCCGACGAGCUCCUCUACGGGCACCAGCCCUCCGCCACGGCGUCCUGGGCCUCCAGCGACCGGGCGGGCCGCCGCGCCUCCGCUUCCGACGCCGCCCCCGCGCCGAGCGAGCUGGCCGCCGCCCGCUCGCUCAGCCGCGGCUCCUGCGGGGCGGAGCCGCCGACCGGCCCGGAGCCCCACCCCGCGGCCUCGCCGGCGACGGCGCCGGCGGGGCUGGGCCGCCGCACCUCGCUGGCGAUGCCCGUUGGCCACCGCUUCUCGGGCCGGAGCGCGCGGGCGGAGCAGGAGGUGUGCGGGGUGCCCGCGGACCCGGCCGCACAGCUAGCGAUGGACGAGCUGCUGAGGCACCCGGACCCAGCGGUGCGCGAGGCGGCGGCGCUGCUGCAGCAGCGCCCCGCAGGCCCGGGGCGCCUCUCCGCGGCGCUCUCGUUGCGGGCCGGGGCGGAGGGCCCCGAGCUCGAGGGGGCGGGGCAGGAGCGGGCGCCGUCCUCCACGGCGCUGUCGGCGGCCACGGAAGAGGCCGCGCCCGAGGAGGGCCUGGCCGAGAGGGACGCGGAGGACCUGGCCGACGGGCUGGGCAGCACCAGCCGGGUCGAGAGGCUCGGCUCGCUGAGGGCCAUGAGGGGCCUGCUGGCGCGCCUGCCCUCGGAGGCGGCGGCCGCGCACGUGCCGGCCCUCGUGCAGGCGCUCGACGACAGCGACAUCGAGAUCCGCAUCGGCGCGCUGUCCCUGCUGGGCGAGGUCGGCAGCGCGGACGGAGAGUACGUGGGGCUGAUCAGGGCCAAGCUGCAGCACCCGAACUCGCUCGAGCGGGCGGCCGCUGCCUCCGCCGCGGGGUCGCUCCAGGCCGCCGCGCUCGCCGGCGACCUCGCGCAGCUGCUGCUGGACCCGGACGCCACCGUGCGCACGGCGGGGGAGGAGGCCCUCGGCGGGCUGGGGGCGGAGGCCGCCGGCGAGCACGCCGCCAGGUGGAUCCGGCACGAGAGCGGCGAGGUCCGCAGGGCGGCGAGGGCGGCGAUGCUCCACAUGUCGGCGUCAGACCCCACCGGGCCGGAGCACGCGCUCAGGCUGCUGCAGCCCCUGGUCGAGCCCGCGCUCACCGACAAGAGCGCGGAGAUCCGCGGGGAGGCGGUGAGCCUGCUGGAGCGCCUGGGCCUCAGCGGCGUGGACGGCAACCUGCCGGCCUGCUUCCUUGUCGCCCAGGCGCUCUCCGAGGACGCUGACGCGGUUGGCGGCCGGCUGGACGCCCUGCGCCGGCUGGGCGCUAUGGGCGCGGAGGCGGCGCCCUAUGCCGCGCAGCUCGGCGGCCUACUGGGCGACGAGCACGAGCAGGUGCGCCGCGCGACGGUGGAGUGCGCGCGGCGGUUGGGCGAGUUCUUCGCGGGCGCCGCGCCGGUGGCCGCCGGGCUGCUGCAGAGCCCGCUGCAGGGCGUGCGCCGGGCCGCGGUGGCGGUG